AUGGACGCGGCCAAUCUGGGUAAUCUCCCGGGCCAUCUUCUUCUCGACGUCAUCGACUACUUGGACACGGCCCGCGACGUCUCCCACCUCGGCUCUUGCACGCGGCACAUGCGCGAUCUGAUCCACCACGAUGGUUGGAAAUCGUUUGUCCGCAACAUGUUCCCCUCGCUCGCUAUACCUUCAAGCGGGUUGACCACGUGGGCGUCCGUCGCGGAUCGCCUGACGUACCUGGACCGCUGCUGGGAGAAGCGCGGCUUUGCCUUCAACCUCUUCCGGGAAGAUGUGCGCAGAAGAGGACGGCAUCGCAUCCCCCCUGGAGGGCAGUCGGUUACGUUUCAGUGCUUCGUCGAUGUGCAGUUGCUCUCUUCGCAGGCUGAGGUGUUGGCGUGCGGCACCGGCGAGGACCUUCUCGUCCGAUGGCGAGCCGCAGCACCAGAGUCCAAUCGCUCCGACACCUGGAGGAAGCUCGGUGGUCGCGACACCGGCUAUUCCGCUGGAAGCGGGGACGUAACGGCUGUCUCGGUCAUCGAGAGGGACUGUAAGCCGGAAGUUCUUUUGGGGAGGGCCAACGGAGAUGUCCAGCUGCUCGCCGGCGCCAACGACGAGGCGUUCGGCCGGACUGUCAAACGGCUCCUCGCCGCCGAAAAAGAGGAGGCGCACAACCAACGGAGUUCCCCAGGACGGCUUGCCGUCACUUGGACAGAGUGGCAACCGGAAACGCACUUAGUGGCAAGCUGUGGAGGCUCCCGCCUCACCCUUCAUAACCUCUCAUCGGAGGGCGAGGAGACGACUUUGAAGCCAAUAGCGUACUACGACGCCUCCAAGGCGGGAGAUUCGGACGAAAUGCCGCUAGUUCGCUGCGCCAAGUUCAUGGGCAGAGAUGGCAUUGUCUGUGGCAUUGGCAAUAACCCUGAGCCACUCCGAUGGGGCAAAAUACGACCCACUGGCGUGGAGCUAUCCUCAAUCCCUUGCUACAGCGCAGCAGAGGCUUUCCCGACUAAGAGGGAAACAGUGCGGGCCAUAGAGCAGGUAGGAAACUCCACGAACGAGAACCUGCUCCUCAGUGCGUGGGACGACGGAAGCUACAGGCUGCUCGACAUACGAACGCCAUCAAAUCGGGACGUCGUAUACCGCGACCGCUUCCAGCCGUAUUGCACCAGCAGCUCUCUACUGGUGUAUGGGACGGAACGGUUCGUGGCCGGCGGCAACUCGGAGGCGGUCCUGCGCAUAUUUGAUUUCCGCUAUCCAAAACCGUACCUUCAUUUCAACGCUCUGCAUUGCUCCGACCAGUCGCCAUGUCCAGAAGCUCCCGAAAUCGCGCACGCGCGCUUGUCGAGAGAGGGGCGACAAGUCUCCGCAGGAUUGCCAAAUCAAGAGCCAGCGACGCCCUUCUCGAGUCGCUGCGAGCCAGGGCAUCGACGUGUUUGCCGCUGGCACGGGCAGUCGAGGCUUCCGGACUGGCGACCAGACGCGACUGUCUUCCUCGGCACAGACGCAGACGACAGGGUAUUCUCGCUGGCCAAGGCAUCUGAUCUGUCUGAUUCCUUCUACUGCGGCCUGCGCGGCGCCAUCGUCGAGGCCACGCCGAUUCUCGCCGAGGACGUCCAUUCCGAGGCUGCGAAGCCUCCUGCGCCCCCAGGGUGGGUGGUGCGGGACGCCCGAAAGAAGCCGUUUGGACGCGACCCUGCGACCUUGUUGACGCUCGUUGCAAGCCGAGGCCCGCUGGCCAGGUGA